ACUGCCGCAAGAGGGCGACAUUGUAUUGACCUUUCCUCAUUUAUUGUCAAUAAAUGAGGCAUGCGGCGAUUAGUCUGGGGUCGAAGAACCCCAGAAGAACCCUAACCUAAUAUUUACAAAAUAGAAACGUAUGGGGGCAGAUUAUUAUUUGACAAAACCCCUUUAAACAAACCAUGUCAAAUGUGCGCUUGCAUGCGCGACGAGCGUGACGUCACGCAGGAGAGUCAUUCAAUGAAAUGAAUAAAUAAACCCGAACGUCACGCAAGUACGUUUGGAGAAAAGCACCGCACAAAACUCGUUGCGUUGCGCUCGUCACCUUUGAGAGCCUUUGUCACGUCACGAACACAACACGCGCCCCUGUGAUGCAAAGCGCGUCCGACGGCGUCGAGCUGGCCCGAAUAAUAUAAAACCAGACUUUUUUUGGUCCAGAAAAACAAUUGUUGCGUGCGAGAGCAUCUUCACAAUUUCAUCGAUCUUCUGAAGUGUUGCUGAAUCAGCUCUGAAGGAAUGGCCAACCGCAAGAAGAGAGGGCUGACGGCCGCCGACGAGUUCCCAGAUCUCAGUCAGCACAAGAACCACAUGGCCAAGUUCCUGACUCAGGACAUGUACACCGCGUUGAAGGAGAGGUCCACUCGCAGCGGCUUCACCAUCGACGGCGUCAUUCAGACCGGGGUGGACAAUCCCGGUCACCCCUACAUCAUGACCGUGGGCUGCGUGGCCGGCGACGAAGAGUCCUACGACGUCUACAAAGACCUCUUUGACAUGGUGAUUGAGGACCGACAUGGCGGCUAUAAGCCCACAGACACGCACAAGACUGACCUCGACCCGGGCAACCUGCAGGGGGGGGACGACCUGGACCCCGACUACGUUCUCAGCUCCCGUGUCCGAACAGGCCGCAGCAUCCGAGGCUUCUGCCUGCCGCCGCACUGCUCCAGAGGAGAGAGGCGUGCUUUGGAGAAGCUCUCCAUCGAAGCUCUGGGUUCUCUGACUGGAGACUUUACCGGCCAGUACUACGCCUUGAAGAACAUGUCGGAGGCGGAGCAGCAGCAGCUGAUCGAUGACCAUUUCCUGUUUGACAAGCCCGUGUCCCCUCUGCUGCUGGCCUCCAGGAUGGCCCGCGACUGGCCCGACGGCAGAGGCAUCUGGCACAACGAGGGCAAGACCUUCCUGGUGUGGGUGAACGAGGAGGACCAUCUGCGCGUCAUCUCCAUGCAGACAGGAGGCAACAUCAAGGAAGUGUUCACCCGCUUCUGCACCGGACUGGCUGAGAUCGAGGCUAGGUUCAAAGAGAAAGGCCGCGUCUUCAUGUGGAACGAGCACUUGGGCUACAUCCUGACCUGCCCCUCCAACCUGGGCACCGGCCUGCGUGCCGGCGUACACGUCAAGCUGCCAAACUUGGGCAAGCACGCCGAAUUCGAGGAGAUCCUCAAAAGGCUGCGUCUCCAGAAACGCGGAACCGGUGGCGUGGACACCGACGCCGUGGACGGGGUCUUUGACAUCUCCAACUCGGACAGACUGGGAUUCUCCGAGGUGGAGCUGGUGCAGAUGGUGGUGGAUGGUGUCAAGCUGUUGGUGGAAAUGGAGAAGAUCUUGGAGAAGGGGGAGCCCAUUGACGAUAUGAUACCCAACCAGAAGUAGAAAACCAUUUCAAUUUUUUCUGACUACUAUCAUGAAUGCAGUUUCUGCUAUUGUGUAAGGCUGGGAUGGACUUGAAAUAAAAUGCUCAAAACGUUAACACGUCUCUUGUGUGAUUACAACUCG